AGAGGCCAGGCUGCCGCAGCCUCGCCACAGAAAAUAGCAGCCUGCCUGCCUGCUUGCUUGCUUCAGCUGGCUAGCCGGUAGCGCCUCUCACGACCUCACCUCCACCAGGGUUGUCGAGUUCUUCAGCUAGCUCCGGUCAGGUGACUGCACUGCACCUGGUCGAUCUUGCCUCAGCAAAUCAAGUUCCAAUGGAGGAAGGCUCCAGAGGGAGAGCUCCUUCCACUCCUCAACUGCUAGACCUCAUCCGAGGCGAAGGAGAACGGAAGGUGAUCGGAGAGGCAGGAGAACAAGGGAGAUCAGCAAGAACCACAAGCUAUGAAGCCGAGGAGGACACCAAGCUGGAGCUGAAGCUCGGCCUCCCUGGUGUCCACGACGAGGAGAGAGCAGCCGGCCCGAGAGAGAAGAUGGAGCAACAACAGGAGAGCUGCACAGCACUCUCCCUUGGUUGCUUCCCAUCACAUUCGAGGCUCGCCACUAACACUGCUACUACCACGGGAGCAAAGAGAGGGUUCUUCGCCACCGUUGGUGCCAAGCCAGAAGGUUGUAAUCAGAGGCACCAGGACAGGGAAGGGUGUGGGAAUGAGUUAACAUUGGGAGGUGAAAACAUGGCAGGUGAGAGGAAGAAAGGGUGCUGUCCCCCGCCGUCGUCGCAUGACUCGGCUGCUGGGCCUGUGCACAGAAGCAGCAACCCCCACCAGGGGAGAGGUGCUGUUCUUCCAGUGAUCGGUUGGCCUCCAGUCCGGUCCUUCAGGAGAAACCUCACAAAUGGCAGUUCAUCUAAGCAAUCCCCUGAACGACCAAACGAUGAAGCUGGUGACAAGGCGAAGCUAACCUGCAAGAGGAGCCCGCUUGUCAAAAUAAACAUGGACGGCAAUCCCAUUGGAAGGAAAAUAGACCUCGCAGCAUACGACAACUAUCAGAAGCUGUCAUCUGCCGUCGAAGAGUUGUUUUCUGGUUUUCUUGAAGCUCAAAACGAUUUGGACUGUACUAAAAGUGGAGAGCAAGGAGCGGAAGAGAAAAUAUUUUCAGGGUUGUUGGAUGGAACUGGUGAAUACACUCUAGUUUAUGAAGACAAUGGAGGGAGCAGGACACCAGUUGGGGACCUACCAUGGAAUGUAUUUGUUUCUAUCGCUAAGAGGUUGAGGGUUAUGAAAAGUUCGGAGCUUCCCCAUGUUCUGACUAAAACUGCUUCUGGGAGGGCAGCAGAUCACUGAUAUGGGGCCCAUCGUCCAGCCAUUGGAUCAUGCAAGCUGUGUCAAUCACCGGCUUCCUUUAGAUGACUCCUUUUCUCUUGUAGAGAUAAAUCUAAUAAGAUAAAUGUUAACAAACUGCAGAUGCCUAAAUGCACUGCACAUUUUGUAAUUUUCCUUCGAUUUCAGAUAUAGCUAUUCGGCAUGAUCUAUUAUUAGGUUUACUAAAGCUGAAGAAUGUGCUUUUAGUGUGAUGUGACAACUUUCAACUAACAACGCUGAGCUGAAAAAAGGCA